CUCAUGUUGUGUUUCUCUUCAUUUUUUUAGUUUCUUAAUUAGUCUCUUUCUCUCUCUCUCUCUUCUCUCUCCUUCCUCUCUCAUAUUUGUACAAUUGUGAUUAACAUUCAACCGAUAUUUUUGAUUCUGUUUUAAUUCACUUUAAUCAUGGUUAGUACAUUCGAUGUAACUGAAACUAAGCCCGAUGAUUUAUCACCUAAAAGGUUGUGCCUUGUCUGUGGUGAUACUGCUUCUGGCUUCCAUUACGGAGUUGCCUCUUGUGAAGCUUGUAAGGCUUUUUUCAAGAGAACUAUUCAAGGAAACAUCGAAUACACUUGUCCAGCACAAAGUGACUGUGAGAUAAACAAAAGACGACGUAAAGCAUGUCAAGCCUGCCGAUUUCAAAAAUGCCUUCGAAUGGGUAUGCUCAAGGAAGGGGUUAGAUUAGAUAGAGUGAGAGGAGGAAGACAAAAGUACCGACGGAAUGCAGAAAGUCCAUAUGCUGUUGCCACUUUACCUCCGAAAAAUACUACACUAGAGGAAAACAAAUUUGUCACUGCUUUAAUCUGUUGUGAACCUGAAACUCUGCUGGUCAGUGACUCAACUUAUAAAGAUCGAUGGACUGCCUAUUCGAAAUCACCGAGUGAUAAAACUGUUUGUAUAUUAGGAGAUCUGGUUGAUCGUGAAUUGGUGGCGACAAUUGUUUGGGCCAAACAAAUACCUGGUUUCUCAGAUCUUGCUCUCAAUGAUCAAAUGAAAUUGUUGCAAAAUAGUUGGGCCGAGAUACUUUCGCUUUCCUUGGCUUACAGGACUCACCAGCAUUUCUCAUCAUCAUGCUAUUCUGCUUCCAUGCCUUUAAAGCAGCUCAUUUUCGCCAGUGAUUUUGUGAUGGAUGAAACACAAUCUAAACAAGCCAAAGCGGAAGAAAUGUUCAACUCAUGUGUUAAACUGGUCAAACGAUUGAAUCAAUUACGUAUAGCGAAAGAAGAAUAUCUUGUCCUUAAGGCUCUUCUCUUGACAAAUGUUGAUAUUCAACUUGAGAAUAGUCAAUCAGUGCAAAAGCUUCGAGAUACUUUGUUAAUUGCCUUACAAGAAUGUGUUUCAGCUCUUCGACCAUACAACUCAGUUCAUCACUUAAGUCAAUUGUUGUUAUGUUUACCCUUAUUGAGACAAAUCGACGGAGUAACUCGGCGUUUCUGGAAUGGAAUCAAAUUAGAGGGAAGAGUACAAAUGAACAAACUAUUCCUCGAGAUGCUCGAAGCCAAUUUGGUCCGGUAGUCGAUGACAAUAAUCAAUCUACUCUCUAAGUUACCUGUUACUAUUAAGAUUAUUGCCAUAUUUUUGUUAAUAAUAUGAAAAAAAUCCUUUUUUGUUUUCUUUUGUUUUCUUUUUUUCCCUCUAAUUAAGUGCAAUCUAAUUAGAGGAAAAGAUUUAAAACCGAUAAACCAUUUGAACUAUUUACUAUUUAAUCUUGUUGACCCACAAAAUCCAAAAAAUUAAAUUCAGAGAGAUUGAGGAGAGAUUGAAAAAGAUGAUCAAGUUUUAACUAAUUAACUGUCAGAAUAGUUAAGCGUACACACAAUUAAUUGUGAUCUUGGAUUUUAGAUGAUUACGAUCUCUCCUUUUUCAAGCUCAUCUCGUCACAAAUUGAAAACCUCAUCACCUCAUCAACUCAUCUAUAUAAUUAUCGCUUUCUCAUCAUCAUCAUCAUCAUCUUCAUCUUCAUCAUCGUCAUCACCAAAAUUAACAAUUAGGAUACAAUAAUUAGACAUUUUGAAAAAACAAAAGGAAUGGUCAAAACAUUGGAUUACAAAACAACAAAUAGCAAUUGGAUUGACAGGAUACAUUGAGAAUGUGCAUUUAGGAUUCAAUAGCAAGAUGAUACAAUUGUUACCAUGAAUAUCAUGAUGAUCGUCAUUCUUGUAAAAUCUUCAACGACAAUUUGUCUUCUCAUCAUCUUCAUUAUCAUCUUCUCAUCAUCCUCUUCUUUAUUUUCACAAUCAAAAGCGUAACUGUUAUAAAAAUAGACACUAUUUAAGAGGAAAUUAAACUUCAUCAACUUCGGCUUUUUCUA